AUGCAUUGGUGGCUGCUCUUAUUUCUGCCAUUAUCCUGCGAAGGAUUCCAGGAGCGUGAGUUGCUGGCACUGGAGUUGGAUUAUGGAGUGCCUGAGCCGCGGCGCACUUCGCUGCUGCAAAGCAGCCUGGUUCUGCAAUUCGCUCGGGACUACAAGCACAUUCCCAGGAUAACCUACUUCACGUGCCAGAAGCCCCAUUCCCGUUCCCAGUCCAAUAUCCCCGAGCCAGAGCUUCGCGAAGCCUUCGAGGCGAAGAAUUUUCAGCUGAUUAAGAGCCUCUACGAGAGCGAGCUCUUUGUGCGGAUUGUCCUGCUCGAUGUCCUGGCGCAGGCGACUCCUUCGGGCGGACGGCCCAGCCGACCCGGCAGCGGCCCAACCGGCGGAUUUAGCCAGGCGCCCAGCCAGGCGCAGAGCAAUUCCGAGUGGCUGGAGAGCGUCCUGCGGAUGGAAGCCCUCAGGCAAAUUGCGGUCGUCGAUCUGGCGUGCGGCGCCCUCAGUCGUCGAUUUCUCGAGUUGGCUUCCGCCAAGAUGCUCUACAGCGAGAAGUUUCACUGGCUAUUGAUAGAGGACUUCGCCUGGCAUGGAAGGACCCAGACUGGCGAAGGAUCUGCGAAAGGGGAUGAGGAGCCACCUGGACAGCAAAUACAGACGACCGACGAUGAAGACCUGCCCACCAUCGAGAGCUUCUUGGGGGGCAUGAACCUGUACAUGAACACCGAACUGACAUUGGCCAAGCGAAUGUCCGAGGCAGCCCACUUCACUCUGUUCGAUGUCUGGAACCCCGGACUUAACUACGGCGGACACGUCAAUCUGACCGAAAUUGGCAGCUUCACGCCGUCGGAGGGAUUCCAGUUGCACACAUGGUUUCGGACCACGUCCACAGUUCGUCGCAGGAUGGAUAUGCAGCACGCCAGGGUGCGCUGCAUGGUUGUGGUGACCAACAAGAACAUGACGGGCACCCUGAUGUACUACCUCACGCACACGGUGUCCGGUCACAUCGACACGAUGAACCGCUUCAAUUUCAAUCUGCUGAUGGCAGUGCGCGACAUGUUCAACUGGACGUUCGUCCUCUCGAGAACCACUUCGUGGGGAUAUGUGAAGAAUGGUCGGUUUGACGGGAUGAUCGGAGCCCUCAUUCGCAAUGAGACGGAUAUUGGAGGGGCACCGAUAUUCUAUUGGCUGGAGCGGCACAAAUGGAUCGAUGUGGCGGGUAGAAGUUGGUCCAGUCGUCCCUGCUUCAUCUUUCGACAUCCCAGGAGUACGCAAAAGGAUCGCAUCGUAUUUCUUCAGCCGUUUACCAACGAUGUCUGGGUCUUAAUUGUGGGCUGUGGUGUUCUGACAGUUUUAAUUCUCUGGUUCUUGACCACCAUUGAGUGGAAAUUGGUUCCACACGAUGGCUCAGCUUUGAUAAAACCCAAAGGAGGAGUACCACCACGCCAUUACCAACAGCAGGAACAAGAGCAAGAGUCAGUGGAGACUACAGUGCGUCCGAUUACUGCAGUUUCAGUGGUUCAGGUUAAUGAGGAAAAGGUAGAGGAAAAAGUGGAAGAAAAAGAAGAUCCAACUCCUAUUGAUGCUGAAAACCUUUGGCAACGCUGCUACCAAAAGUUGAAUAAAUACAUCAAGGAUCGAAAGGCAAAGGAAAAGAAAGCUCCAGAAAGAGUUGGUCUCUUCCUCGAAUCCGUGUUGUUCUUCGUGGGAAUUAUUUGCCAACAGGGUCUGGGAUUUUCCACAAGCUUCGUUUCGGGUCGCUGCAUUGUGAUUACCAGUUUGCUCUUCUCAUUUUGCAUAUAUCAAUUCUAUUCAGCCAGUAUUGUGGGCACUCUCCUGAUGGAGAAACCAAAAACCAUAAAGACGCUAAGCGAUUUGGUGGCCAGUUCGCUGAAGGUGGGCAUGGAGGAUAUUCUUUACAACAGAGAUUACUUUCUGCACACUAAAGACCCCGUUUCCAUGGAACUUUAUGCCAAGAAGAUUACAAGUGUUCCCACGACCAAAGAAAACGAAGCCGAUGAGGAUGAACCCGUGGAUGCAAAUGCUCCAACCGCAGAUCCUGCCAAAUCAUAUCGGGAUAUUGUCCACAGCCAUGAAACGGGUGCUCAUGCCAAGGAAAAUUCAGUCAGUAAUUGGUUGGAUCCGGAAACAGGUUUACGCAGAGUUAAAUAUGAAAGAUUUGCCUUUCAUGUGGACGUGGCUGCUGCUUACAAGAUUAUUGCCGAAACCUUUGACGAACAGGCCAUUUGCGAUCUCACCGAGGUCAGCAUGUUUCCUCCACAAAAAACUGUGAGCAUAAUGCAGAAAAAUUCGCCAAUGAGGAAGGUAAUCUCUUACGGAUUACGACGUGUUACUGAAACUGGCAUCCUGACCUAUCACUUUAAUGUCUGGCACUCAAGAAAACCGCCUUGUGUGAAGAAAAUUGAGACCUCGGACUUGCAUGUUGAUAUGGAUACUGUGAGCUCUGCCCUGCUGAUACUGAUCUUCAGUUAUGUCAUCACCCUCAUGAUCCUGGGCACCGAGAUUCUAUACUCCAAGUGGCAGUAUCGCCUCGUCAUCAGGAUCAAUUGA